UUUCAGAGUAGUUGGAGACGGGCGGUUAAUCGAGCGCCGAUAGAAUGGCAGCCAGCAAACGACCUCUAGUUUAGCGACUUAACAUGAAUUUAGCGACUUUUAACUAACUCUCGUUACACUGCGGUGGCACUGAUUAAAGAUGUUGAGGUUAGCAUCUGGAAGACGCAUAUUUUCUGAGGUUUCAGUGUGGAGAUGUGUCCAGCAGAUAAACACACAAGCAAACUACUCAACCAGAGCUAGGCUGCUGUUUCCCUGUCAGACCUCCUCAGUGUUUGUCCCAUCCACAGCCUCCACCAGCAGGCUGCUGAGCGUCAGGCCUGUGAGCUGGCAGCCCUCUCGUCUCUGCCAAGGGGAUUCCCAAAGAGGAAGCCCCAAGGAUGGCCUCAGUUUGGGGGCACUUGCUCAGGCUCCCAAACCAGCCCUGUACCUUGGUUUCUCCGGGCUCAUCCCCUUCCUGUCCGCCCCUCUCGUGAUGGCUGCCUCUCAGUGCUUCUACCCCGAAGUGGCAUACGCUCAAGUCGUCUAUGGAGCCUCUAUUGUUUCCUUCCUCGGAGGUGCCCGCUGGGGGUUUGCCAUCCCGGCUGGUAGUCCCGCUCAGCCAGACUGGAUGAACUUGGGUAACAGCGUGGUGCCUUCGCUCCUGGCCUGGCUGGCGCUGCUUUGCCGGGACAAUAUUACGGAGGGGGCCCUGGUAGUCAUCAUGGGACUGGGUCUGUCACUGCAUUACGACCUGACCCUGCUUCCAGGCUACCCCACCUGGUUCAAAGCCAUGCGAACUGUCCUUAGUCUGGUUGCCACCUUCUCGCUGGUGGCUACCCUGACAAUUAAAAAAUUCUGUACGGAGAAGAAGUUUAAAGAGAUUAAGGACUGAUCUGAGAGACAAAUUUGUACUUCAAGCCAUAUAUACUGAAUAAACAUGUAAAAUGAAGUGAAAAAAAAUCUUGUUUGUUCUUGCUC